AUGCCAGCUUUACGAAAGGACGGUUUUGAGGAUGCUGUUGUACCGGCAUUGGAAGCAUUACUUUCGGAUCUCCAGCAUACAACGGAGGUGCUGAAACGGGCCAAGUUGAGCGAUCGUAAUCCACCAUCUGAUGCACAUGAUCUGGAGCCCGUUUACCAAGAGCAGACAAGGAGUUAUAGCAGUUCGAGACAUGGCCUGGAAAGUAUUGAAUUGAUGCUGGACGAUUAUUCUCAGAAGAGAAUGAGUCCUCGAGCCAAGAUCUUCAUCAUCGGGAGAUCCGUUGCAGUUGGAUUCAAUGUUGGGAACACUUCAGAAGGAUAUGUCAAAGCAUGGUAUCAGCACAAUACCAAAAGGUGA